AUCGCAGGCCGCGCUGCGGCGGCCGAGCGCCGGCCGGCUCCGCCCCCCAGCCUCACCGUGGCCUGCGGCUCCCGGGCCGGCAGCGCAGCUCUUGGUCUCGAGGACUGGCGGUGUGGAGCCGCGCGUCGCGGCGCUCUCCUCCGGCCACAGCUCAGCCCAGCGUCGCCGAGCCGUGGGCCAGAGCCUUCAACAUGGACUUCGAGGACGAUUAUACACACUCUGCUUGCAGAAAUACUUACCAGGGCUUUAAUGGAAUGGAUCGUGAUUAUGGCCCUGGAUCAUAUGGAGGGAUGGAUCGUGACUAUGGCCAUGGAUCCUAUGGGGGUCAAAGAUCCAUGGACUCCUACCUAAACCAGUCAUAUGGCAUGGACAAUCACAGUGGUGGUGGUGGGGGUAGCAGGUUUGGACCUUAUGAGUCUUACGACUCCAGGUCUUCUCUGGGUGGGCGAGAUCUGUACAGAUCUGGCUAUGGUUUUAAUGAACCCGAACAAAGCCGCUUCGGAGGUAGUUAUGGUGGUCGAUUUGAGAGCUCCUACCGGAAUAGCCUUGACUCUUUCGGAGGUAGAAACCAGGGCGGGUCUAGCUGGGAAGCACCUUACUCCCGUUCAAAAUUGAGGCCUGGGUUUAUGGAGGACAGAGGAAGAGAGAAUUACUCUUCCUACAGCAGUUUUUCUUCACCCCAUAUGAAGCCUGCACCUGUAGGCUCUCGGGGGAGAGGAACGCCUGCUUAUCCUGAAAGUACGUUUGGAAGCAGAAACUAUGAUGCUUUUGGAGGACCAUCAACAGGCAGAGGCCGAGGCCGAGGACAUAUGAGUGAUUUUGGAAGCAUUCAUAGACCUGGAAUUGUUGUUGACUAUCAAAACAAACCCACCAAUGUGACAGUUGCUGCUGCAAGAGGAAUAAAGAGAAAAAUGAUGCAACCAUUUAAUAAGCCUGGUGGAACCUUUAUUAAGAAACCCAAGCUAGCAAAACCUGUGGAGAAGAUGAGCCUGAGCAAAUCACCUACAAAAACUGAUCCUAAAAAUGAAGAAGAAGAAAAGCGACGUAUCGAGGCUCGGCGAGAAAAACAAAGGCGCAGAAGAGAAAAAAACAGUGAGAAAUAUGGAGAUGGAUACAGAAUGGCAUUCACAUGUUCAUUUUGUAAAUUUCGAACAUUUGAAGAAAAAGAUAUUGAACUGCAUCUGGAAAGUUCUUCACAUCAGGAAACAUUAGAUCAUAUUCAGAAACAAACCAAAUUUGAUAAAGUAGUUAUGGAGUUUUUGCAUGAAUGUAUGGUGAAUAAAUUCAAGAAAACAUCUAUUCGUAAGCAACAGACAAAUAAUCAAACAGAAGUAGUCAAAAUAAUUGAAAAAGAUGUCAUGGAAGGUGUUACUGCAGAUGAUCACAUGAUGAAAGUAGAAACUGUUCACUGCAGUGCUUGCGGUGUGUAUAUUCCUGCUUUACAUAGUUCAGUUCAGCAGCACUUAAAAUCUCCUGAUCAUAUCAAAGGGAAGCAGGCUUAUAAAGAACAAAUAAAAAGAGAGAGUGUCUUGACUGCUACAAGCAUUCUAAAUAACCCAAUAGUGAAGGCGCGAUACGAACGUUUUGUUAAGGGUGAGAAUCCUUUUGAAAUUCAAGAUCAUACUCAAGAUCAGCAAAUAGAAGGAGAUGAGGAGGAAGAAAAGAUUGAUGAGCCUAUUGAGGACGAGGAGGAGGAAGAAGAGGAAGAAGAGGAGGAAGUAGGGGAAGUAGAAGAAGUAGAAGAAGUAGAAGAAGUGGAGGAAGUUGAGGAAGUAGGAGAAGGGCUUUCCAGUCCCUGUCAUUUUACCCCUCAGCCUCCAUCUAGCGUCUACACUGUCUGUGAAGCUGGUGCCAUGAGGCUUCUCCUGUUCCUGCUCGGCUGUGCUGUCUUCCGCCAGGCGAUGUCACACUGGGCCCUGCAGUGGGUCCUAUCGCUGCCCUUCAGGGUGCCAGUCACGCUGGGCCCUCGCUGAGCCACAGGACUUCCUUCUCGGUUUGUGCGAUGCUGUUUUAAGCAGACGAGGACCAUAUGUACGCCUGAAGCCACUGUACUUGUAGCCCCAGCACUAUGCCUGCUGUGGGACAGGUGCCUGAUCAUUGCUUUGUUACCGAAUAGGCACUAAAGCAUUUUCAUGUCAAUGUCUUAUGGAAUUUUGAAUAAAUUUUCUUUAAAACAACAGUUUUUUCAGCUCUCGUACUUACAUUUCUCUUUCUAGGUGUCAGACAGUGUCCAUGACAGAGUACAAAAGGCAAACUGUGGGUCCUAGGAAGAGGGUGGGAGCAGCAUGCAGAUAACUGCGGGCUCAGUGCCGGUGGCUGAGCUGGGGUGAGACUGCCUGCAGGGAUGGCACGUGCAUUGUGGACAUUAUUCUUUGUUCCGGUCUCACCUCACUGUCUUCAGCUCUUCCAUUCCCCUGAAAUCCCUGGGCCUCUAUUCGUACAGUUUUCCCCUUAGAAUGUCCUUCCUGUUUUCUGUUUCCUGAACUUCUCUUUCCUGCCCUACUUUCUUCCUCAUAGAAUUUGUCACCUUCUGUCAUGUUAUGUAGUUUAUCUAUUCUGUUGUCUGUUCUCCCGUUCUCCUACUCAAAUGUAAGCUCCAGGAAAGCAGGGAUCUUUGCUUUGUUCAUGGAUAGAUCCCAAGCACCUAGGAUACUGCUUAGAACAUAGUUGGUACUCAAUAAAUAUUUGUUAAAUGAACAAGUGGAUCCUUGAAGACUCAACUUCCAUGCCAUCGCUUCAGUGAAGCCUUCCAAGCUUGACUUACAUUCCCAGUCCUGGAUAAAAUCUAUCUGUCCUCUAUAUCCCAAUAGCACUGUGUGCAUAUUUGCAUUAUAGCACUUAACCUCUCUCGAUGAUAGUU